AAAAGCAAACUUUAGGAUUGGAGUUUGAGCCUAGCCUAAGGGUGGAACCGGAACUUACCUUUGUACUUCAAGCAAGUCAGGGUUGGUUGGGUAGGUUUGGAACCGGCUGCCGUCCUGAGGCGUCUCACAGCUGCAAGCAGGUUCUGCCGGAUAGCCACCAUGGCCUCUCAGCCUCCUAGGCUGGCAGAAGAGUCUAGCUCAAGUCCUGGGGAGUCUGAAUUGGCUGUAAACCCCUUUGAUGGGCUUCCCUUUUCUUCCCGCUACUACGAGCUGCUUGAGCAGCGCCGAGCCUUGCCCAUCUGGGCUGCUCGCUUCACCUUCUUGGAGCAUUUGGAGAGCAGUCCCACUGGAGUGGUGCUAGUGUCUGGAGAGCCUGGCUCUGGCAAGAGCACCCAGAUCCCUCAGUGGUGUGCAGAGUUUGCAUUAGCAAGAGGGUUCCAGAAUGGCCAGGUUACUGUCACUCAGCCUUACCCUCUGGCAGCCCUGAGCUUGGCUGUGCAGGUUGCUGAUGAGAUGGACCUGACUCUGGGUCAUGAGGUUGGAUACAGCAUCCCUCAAGAGAACUGCACAGAGUCUGACACCCUGCUCAGGUUCUGCUGGGACAGGCUGCUUCUGCAGGAGGUGGCCUCAUCCCGGGGCAUUGGAGGCUGGGGUGUGCUGGUGCUGGAUGAGGCUCAAGAGCGGUCGGUGGCCUCAGACUCACUUCAGGGGCUGCUACGAGAUAUCAAGCUGAGAAACCUUCCAGGGGACCCUAAAGUGGUUGUGGUUACCGACCCAGCCCUUGAACCUAAGCUCCAGGCCUUCUGGGGCAAUCCUCCUACUGUGCACAUACCCAAAGAACCUGGUGGGAGUCCCACCCCUGUCUACAGAGACACUAUCCCUAUUGAUCCGGUGGAAGCUGCCUGUCAAGCUGUGCUUGAGUUGUGUCUAAAGGAGGUUCCAGGAGAUGUGCUUGUGUACCUGUCCAGUGAGGAGGAAAUUUCCCUGUGCUGUGAAUCCUUGUCAAGGGAAGUGGGGACCUUAGCUCUCCCAGGACCUCAGCCACGGGUGCUGCCCCUUCAUCCAGGCUGUGGCCAAGCGAUACAGGCUGUAUAUGAGGACACAGACAUGGGUGCCCGGAAAGUUGUGGUCACUCAUUGGCUGGCUGACUUCUCCUUCUCCCUCCCUUCUAUCCGUCAUGUCAUUGAUUCAGGACUGGAGCUUCGAAGUGUUUACAAUCCUCGGAUCCGGGCAGAAUCACAAGUAUUAAGACCAAUUAGCAAGUGUCAGGCAGAGGCAAGACGACUUCGAGCAAGAGGGUUCCCACCAGGGUCCUGCCUCUGCCUGUACCCUCAGUCCUUCCUAGAACUAGAGGCUUCCCCACUGCCACAACCCAGGGUUUGUGAAGAGAAUCUGAGUCCCCUGGUGUUACUACUAAAGAGGAGACAGAUUGCAGAGCCAGGGGAGUGCCACUUCCUGGACCGGCCUGCUCCAGAAGCAUUGAUGCAGGCACUGGAAGACUUAGACUAUCUGGCAGCUCUGGAUGAUGAUGGGGACCUAUCAGACCUGGGAGUCAUCCUAUCAGAGUUUCCCCUGUCCCCUGAGCUGGCCAAAGCCCUGCUGGCCUCCUGCGAGUUUGACUGCGUAGAUGAGAUGCUCACACUUGCUGCCAUGCUCACUGUUGCCCCUGGGUUUACGCGUCCUCCACUCUGUGCGGAAGAAGCUGCCUUGCGAAGGGGUCUGGAACACCCCGAUGGUGACCACAGCUCUCUGAUCCAGGUUUAUGAAGCCUUUAUACAAAGUGGAGCAAACGAGGCUUGGUGUCAGGCUCGGGGUCUAAACUGGGCAGCAUUGUGCCAAGCCUGUAAACUUCGGGGAGAGCUCCAAGAACUCAUGCAGCAAAUUGAACUUCCCUUGACCCAACCAGCCUUUGGCUCUGAACAAAAUCGCAGAAACCUUCAGAAAGCACUGGUGUCAGGAUACUUCCUCAAGGUGGCCCGAGACACAGAUGGGACUGGAAAUUACCUGCUCCUAACCCAUAAGCAUGUGGCCCAGCUCUCCUCAAAUUGCUGCUACCAAAAUCGCCGUCCUCCGGCCAGACCCCCACAAUGGGUGCUAUACCACAGUUUCUCCAUAUCCAAAGACAACUGCCUUUCCAUUGUUUCUGAGAUUCAACCUCAGAUGUUGGUGGAGUUGGCCCCUCCAUAUUUCCUGAGUAACCUGCCCCCCAGUGAGAGCAGAGAUCUCCUGAACCAAUUGAGGAAAGAAAUGGCAGAUUCAUCGGCAGAGAGUGAAUCUUCCUCCAUCCAGGAGUUCAGAGAUGCCUGUGUCCUGCAAUGACCUGCCUACCUAAGGAUUAGAGCUGAGCUCAACUCAUGGUCCUCCUUCAGGCUAGCACCAAAGCAGACAACUAGAUUUAGAAGGCCAGAGUUUAAGGUCAAUGUAAAUUCUGGAAUCUAAAAGUAGAGGGAAUGGGGUAAGCCACAGUCUAUAUAGGGUAGAAUCCUUCCCUUAGCCUUCUUGUUGCUUUCCUUAUUUGCCAGGGACUGACAUGCUCCCCAUUCUACCAAGUUAUGUCAGAUCCAUCCUUGUACUCCCUUUUGAUCUAUAAAAGAUUUUUCUAUGAUGCCAA